AUCUUGAUUAUUUGUAAAUUCUGCAAAUUUUUAAAUAAGUUAUUAGGUUUUAAAAUUAAUUAUCCGAAAAAUGAGCAAAUUAUUGUUAUGUUUUGUAGUUGUCGUGAGCAGUUACUUGCUCAAUUGUGUUUGCAAUGAUAGCUUGGAAUUUGAUUCGUUUGCAUUGAAGGACUACUGUGUGUCCCCAAUAAGACGGACACAUCUAUUGUGGAUAAAGUGAUUGAAUGCGAACACAACGAAACCAAAUCAACCGAAAAGAUUGCGUUGGGAAACAAGUUCAAAGAAUUUUUGAAGGAUUGCUUUAAGAAAGCCGAUGUGAGCGCCUACACCAAAGUGGACCUGGCUAAUGAUGAACGGAAGCUGAUGUUAACACUAUAUUGCAAACAAAAGUUUUUAGAUUGUGGUGCACAAGAGUUUAAGAAUAACCAAGCUUUUAGAGACCUCCAAGUACAGAUUAACAAGUUGGAAAACAAAACUGAACAGAAGAUAUAUGAUAAGUGUCUUAUGAAUAUUUUCAAGAAGUAAUAUCAAUGAUAAUUAACCUGAACAAACC